CACACCCUCCAGGCCGCUGAUCAUCAUCUCGGGGCCCAACUCUCCGCCGUCCGAGUACGACGAUGAUGGCAGGUUCGAUUCCAAUACGGACGAUUUCGACAUCGGCGUCGAAAUGAUCCACUCCAGCGCUGGGAUACUCGAAUCCAACAGCAUGGUAAUCGAGUCUUUGGCCUCCAGGCUCGACAAGGAUGUAUCGUUCGAUCCAUCCAAACACCACGGUGAUUUAAAGAAGCACCACCCUCAUCACCACCACCACGUGGGUGUAUUGAAGCACCCCGGGUAUGACGCCCUCGAUGAGAAUCAGUUGCCAGAGAGCAAAGCCCUUGACCUCAGCCAAGUGUUCAACAGUUUCCUCCACAAGAAGAAA